AUGGCGUUUUCCCAGUCUAUUCGGAAAAGCCAAACACCUAUCAAUUGUCAGCUUUGUGAAACAGACAAAUUUAUCAAAUGGAAAUGUAUAGAAUGCAAUCUUUUAAUGUGUUAUAACUGUCGUGAUAAAAUUCAUCCGAAGUUUAGAAAUGCAACAGAUCAUAAGAUUGUUGAUAUCAAAGAUAUUGGACAACAAAAUGAAGAAUUGGAUUUCACUAAUAUUAAAUGCAUUGAACAUUCCGAACAAUUCUACUGUCUUUUCUGCAAGAAGUGUGAAAAUCUCGUUUGCCCAACUUGUGUAUCAAAAGUUCAUAAGGUUGACGCGAAUGAUUUAAUUGAGAUAAGGGAAGCAUAUGAUAUAGAAAUAGACAGACUGAAUAAAGAAACUAGUCAAAUGUAUACGGCAAAAUUAAGGAUGGCAAACAAAAAGGAUAUAUUGGAAAGACUUAUAGCUGAACAAAACUCAACAAAAAUGAAAGUAAGGCAAGACAUUCUUUCUCAUAAAAGUAAUUUAAUCAAAAUAGUUGACAAAUACUUUGAAAGCUUAGAAAUGGAAUUAGAUAGCAGUUACCAAAGCUUUCUAGAACCAAUUGAGCAUGGUAUUUCCGCAAUCAUAAAAUCCAGUGAAGAUAUAGAAAACAAAAAAGGGAAACUGAAGGAUGUCAUGAACGCUACAGAUGUUAUCACUUUUUUCCAAGAGAUCAAAAAGAUUGAAAAAGUGGAAACAGAACCAGGAACUCGAAUUUCGACAACUAACAAUGCUUUGCCUAAAUUUAUACCAGGAGAGAUAACCCAGGCUAAUGUUGGAGUUCUACAGAGUGAUGAAAGAAAAUCAACUGAAUUAAGUGUUGAUAUGGUUAUAAAUAAAACACAUCAAACUGACUUAUCGACAGUAACAUACUUAUAUCCAAGUAUACAUCAUGAGAAGUCAAUGUGGAUAGCUUGUAGUAAAGAUAAAGUACUGAAGAAAGUUAGACCUGAAAAAAACAAACUUAAAGUAAUUUUUAGUAUUAACACAACAGUAUAUGGCAUUGCAGUACUUCCAUCAAAUGAUGUCCUUUUGUCAAGUGGUAGAACAACACUACAACAACUACGUGUUACAACUGGAAAAUUAACCGACAGUUCAUAUAAUGUGGAUCCUUUACUAUCUACAGGCAUUCACAUUACCAGUAGUAAUAAAGUAGUUGUAGGGGGUUAUCACGGUAAACUGGGAAGACAAGCUGUGUUUGUUAUUAACAAUAGGGGAGUGCGUGAAACUGUGUAUGAAUAUGAUCAACUAGUACAAGUAAUGGGAAUAUUCAUGUCGCAGAUUGUGAUCCAGAUAGUGUCAGAGGAAGCGUGGUGA